CAAUGGUACAAUAGGGAAAUAAAAUGUAAAAUCAUAUAGCAAGUGCCAUGAAGGGUUAUCGGAUUUUGUUAUUUUUUCAUAUUAUUGUCAAAGUUGCAAGUUCCAUAAACGAACCAAGGGUAAACAUCACCGUAGUGCGAGAUGAAACGAUACUUCUUCAAUGCAGAAACAAGUCAGGCAGUGAUGAUGUACAGUGGAUCCGGGUCAACGAAAAUCCUCAAGAUGGUAAUGCCUUCACAACGACAUACGCCAUUGAUAGGAAGAUAAAUCAAAAACUGACUCACCACGACAGAUUGAGUAUCGUUGGAGAAUACACUUUGGAAAUAUCAAAUGUCACAUUUGGAGAUUCGGGUUUAUAUUGCUGCAUAGUUACACGUGCUAACGCAAACCUGUAUUCCUACAUUAAUGUAGAAGUAGAUGAUUUCAAAAGAGCGAGCACAACUAGACGGGCCAUUACUUCAAGCAAUUGCAACAUUGAACAGACCAAGGCGAGCAAUCCUCAAAUAGUCCCAUUAGAUGAAACAUCAACGAAACGAACGGUAACAUAUAUGUUGACUGGUUUUUUCUCUAUGCCGAUAUAUCUUGUAGCAGCGAUUGUUGGUUGCAUUAUUAUCUCUCUUGGUAUCGUAAUGUUUGUUCUGCUCCAAAGGCGGAGACUAAGUAUUUCAGCAGCACACAAUCAUGCAGCCACAACAUCGGGAAUAGAGCCAGUGCAAAAUCCAUCAAUUAACCAAAACUUUCAAAAUACGUCAAACAUUGCGGCUAGCAAUUAUGGGGCUUCCGAUGCUCUUCAUAAUCAAUUAACACUAGCAUCAACAGAACCUACAGGUAUAGAAGGAACUCCAGGUGGAUCCCUGUUUGACAAUGUCGAACCAUCAAGUAAUUCAACAUCUAGUGAACCGAAUGUUGCCGUGUCCGACAGUAAUAUUCAACUCACUGGCGAUUUGGAAAAUGAUCCACGUCAGUAUGAUGAUUGUAUCCCAGAGAGAUACUAUAACACGUUACCUUAUAAAAUUGUUGAUAAUGUUCCACAUAUAUAUGAUGAGUGUGGACCAGCUGAACAAAGUUCAAAUGUAUACGAACCUUUAGUGAAAGAGAAGAAUACUAUGGAACAUGUAUAUCUUUAGACAAUUUAAAACACGAAGUUGUCAAAUUAACACCUUUACAGAAUAAACAAUGGUUAUACCAAGUGAAAAAAUUAUGAAACAUUAUCAUGUUAAUUUUAGAACUUGUAAAUAAUGUAUCUUCCUCAUGCAGAAGAUUGAUUCCUUGUCCAGGUUUAUCAGUUCUUCGUCGUUUAUAUUAGAUUUGGCUUGGAGCAUCACUUAAAGAAACAUAAAUUAUCAAAAUGGGAAUCUGGUGCAGUAGUGCAGUAAAAUUAAUUGGUACCGUUAAUGUUAUUACAUCUUCAAUUAAAUGUGAGAAAAAAACUAACAAUCACCCAUAUAUCUAAGGCAGAAAAACAUGUACUUACAUAGACUUUCAUGAGCAACAUGGAGCAGGAUCUGCUAAUCCUUCCGGACCUCCUGAGAUCACCCCGACUUUUGGUGGGGUUCGUGUUGCUCAUUCUUUAGUUUUAUAUGUUGUGUUUUGUAUACAGUUACUGUUAUUUGUCUUUUUUUUGCCAUGGCGUUGUCAGUUUAUUGUCGACUUAUGAGUUUGUCCCUUUGGUAUCGUUUGCCUCUCCUUUGCCAAACUUUCAAUGUUGAGUGUAGUUGUAUCAGAGACAUAAAACAAGAGGCUCUCAAGAGCCUGAAUCGCUCACCUGUAAUUUUUUGCUUAUGUCUUUCAUCAAUGAUUAUUUUUGCUUUUCAAUAUAUAUUAAUGAGUGGCUUAAAAAUGCCAUUUAAAUGUUCUUUGUAUCUGUCAUAUUUUCUUCAAAAUUAAAGAAAUGCAUUUUA